UAGUUGUUGGUCGGCGGUUUUCAAGUGCGCACACGAGACGCGGCUCCACUCUCGAGAUCUGUUUUCGCGGAACCUCCAGGGAAUACCCAUCAGAACACUCGACUCCCACGUGCCCAGCUCAACAACAAUGAGCUCCUUCGCCGCCCACCUGUUGAUAUUGCUCUUUGGAGGCCUGCUGCUAACCCAUCACUGCGUCCAAGGUCAGGCGAGUAAAGUGUCCUCCAAGUUGGAUUUCGAUGACAGCGAUGGCAGCAACAAUCAGAAUCAGACGGGCUCACCCGGGCAGCCCGGACAGGCGGGCGGAACUGGAAAUGGGAGUUACGAACCGGGAACGGGACGCAGCCUGAGUGGUGGAGGAGGAACCUCGGGCAGCGGAACUUCCAGCGGGGGAAAUCGCCCCAAGAUCCACGGAGUACGGGUCACCGUCGAUACUGGCGAUGGACAGCAGCAAACGAAAGAGUCCAAGGAGAGCGUGGAAAUUACGGAUUUGGGCAAGCACAAGAAGCGUGUGGGCAUCCACACGGACAUCACCUUCGAAAUCACCUCCGAUUCGGACGGGAAUGAGACCAGUUCCGCCCAGCAGCACGGCGACAAGGAGGACGCCAGUGUGCCCAUUUUCAAGGGUCGCGGUGGCAGCGACUCAAAGCACAAGACCCGCAAGCCGUAUGAUCCCAAGUCCCAGUGGAAUCCCAACUUCUCCGGCGAGCAGCGUGGCUACCAGGGAGCCAAUCGAGGUGGCUACCAGGGCUCUUAUCCCCAGUACUAUCCCGGCAACGUCUACACCGGCGGCAGCUCCGAUGCAGGCAGCAUCUACAGGAACGGCGAGACCUGGACGCACUACGUCCCGGUGUGGACCACGGAGCGGGUGCCGCAGGAACAGGGACAGCUCUACCGGCGGCCCAGCUGGAAGCCCUGCUACUGCAUGUCCUCCACGGAGUUCAGACGCCGUCGGGAUAGCAAGGCCAGAAGAGAGCAGGAGGAUCACCACAAGGGUGUCAUCAACAGUGGGGUCGUCCAGGUGGUGGAUGGCAAGCUGGAGCGGCCCUUCUCGUGAGGAAAAGCCCUCUGCCCCAACCGGUUUCCACAAUUUUGUAAAGUUAGGUAAUGCGCGAUUCUAUUUAAAAUAAAACUGUAGCUUAGUUUUUCUAGA